UACAGAAGCAUGAAAGGUGAUUCCUGCAGACAAGACAAGACUUCCACCCAACAUAGAAAACAACACGAUGAUGAAGUGGGUGAUGUUGGUUUCUACUCUUGUUUCAAAUCCAUUGGAAAAGAAUCUGAUUCCCAACCCAGCUGCAGUAAUUUCUCCCUUAAAAGAGCUAGAAUCGAGAAGACAAGUUUUCUCUCAGGAUUCCCACAAUGCAGCCAAAGAAAUCCAUACACUACUUUUUAUGAUUACCUGCAGAGCAUGGCUGAGCAGAAGGGAAUAAAGAAGAUUUGUGCUGGUUCAAUAUUGCAGACUAAACCCCUUUCCACAACUUUUCUUCCCAUGCUACCAAGCCAAGCAUCAGAUUUUCUCCAGGUUGCCUACUUAAAUGAUGAACAGGGUUUGAAUGAAGUUGAGAAGAGUUGUAGGGUAGAAGCAGAGGAUGAAGACGACAUGGGAGGUUGUGAGUUGUCACUGUCCAUCUCAUUGCCAAGACCACAUCCUUCUUCUCAGAGAAGUAAUGCUUCUUCAGUCAGCGAUAUCAGUGAGGCCUUUUCAUUGUGCCCUAAGUUUAACAACAACAACAACAACUACAUGGGAUGUUCUACUUCUUCUAAUGUUUCAAACAAAGUUAAUGUCGACCUAUCUUUGGCCAUUUGAAUCUCACCUUCAUUUAAAAGCAUAAUUACCUUGCUUUUAGCUAUUCUACAAGAGUUGGCAUACCAAGAAAAUUGCUAUUAUCUGUUUACAAGGGUGUGUUCAUGAA